GCGAGCCGGGCCCGGGGGCGGCUCUGGGGCCGAGCGGGGCCCCGUGGGAUGGCGGGGGAGGAACGGCCGCGGGUUCUGCGGGGGCCGAGCCUACCCGCGGCCUCCAGCCGCAGCCCGGGGGGCCUGCGGGGACCCUUCUGCUCCCUCCUCGGCUCCUGCCCUUCCCCUCGCCGCCCGAGCCUGCGGCCUCCGCAGCGGCCUCACGGCCGCAGAGAUGCCGUGUGCCCGCUCCUCGGGGGGAGCCCGGAGCCUCGUUGCUCCCCGCGGGAAGGAGCAGGUGCCGGCCCUCUCCCGCUCGCAGGGCGCCCGCGUGGCUGGGCGCUGGAUGCAGGGGACUAGCUGCCAGGUAGAGUGAUGCUGAGGCAGGGAAGCUAGGCUCAGCUGCCGUGCGGGUGGUGUGGUAACGCUGCAGUGGUCACUUGCCGCCUCGCUGAGGGACAGGGACUCCGUAAGCAGCUGGUGGAAAGCCCCACCCGAGCUCUCCUGGAGGGCAGUGCAGGCAGGUGGACUCGGAUGCCUAAGCAGUGAACGUCCUAGGCUGGGGAGGAGGUGACGCAGGUGGCAGAGGCACCUGGCAGUAGGUGUGAGGUGAUCUAGCCUGGCUCCCACCAUAGCGUGGCUCCCUGGCAUCUGAUGAUGAGUUUGACCCCCUCCAGGGGAUGCCUCCUGGACCUGCCCUGGGAAGACAUCUUGGUUCCACAUAUCCUCUGUCACCUGCCACUGCAGCAGCUCCUGAGCCUGCAGAGGGUCAGCAAGUCGUUCCAGUCUCUCAUCCAGCUGUACCUGGCCAACAUGCGCUGCUUUGACUCAAGCCAGGUUGGACCUGCCAUCCCUCGAGCUGCUUUUGUUAACCUGCUGAAAGACAACGAAGUACUGCAGCAGCUGGCGCUCCAGAACUGCUCUGACUGGCUGACGGACAGGGAGCUGCUCCCGGUCAUCGGGCAGAACCACCACCUGCACCAGAUCCAACUAAAGGGCUGUGCUCAGCUCAGCCGCCAUGCGCUGGUGGCCAUCUCGCUGAGCUGCCCCAACCUGCGCCGGCUCUCCCUGGCUCACUGUGAGUGGGUGGACAGCCUGUCCCUGCGCAGCCUGGCUGACCACUGCAAGGCACUGGAGGCUGUGGACCUGACGGCCUGUCGCCAGCUGAAGGACGAGGCCAUCUGCUACCUGGUGCAGAAGUGCAGCAGGCUCAAGUCUCUGUCGCUGGCUGUCAAUGCCAAUGUGGGUGACGUGGCAGUCGAGGAGAUUGCCAAGUGCUGCCCUGAGCUGGAGCACCUGGACCUCACUGGGUGUCUGCGAGUCAAGAAUGACUCCAUCAGGGUCCUGGCUGAGUACUGUCCCAAGCUGCGCUCGCUGAAGGUGAAGCAUUGCCACAAUGUGGCCGAGUCCAGCCUGAGCAUCCUCCGAAGCCGUGGGGUGGAGCUGGAUGUGGAGCCUCCGCUGCAGAGGGCUCUCGUUCUCCUGCAGGAUGUGGUUGGCUUCGCCCCUUUCAUCAACCUCCAGAUCUAGAACUGCUGCUGACGGGGAGGGGGGGACUGAUGCAACGCUGGGAUCCCGGGAGGAUGCCGGAACCGGCUGCUGUCAAGGAGACGUGCAGAGGGAGAGGUCGGUCCUGUUGGUGAGGCUGGCCUGAGUGGGGCUCACUCUUUCCUCUGGGGCUGUUUAGCAGCCACUGGGUGUUUGUGAGUGGGCUUCGGUGCCUCUGGGGAAAGUAACUCCCUCUGCAGUGGUGUGGAGAGAGCGAGUGACUUGCAGGAACACCAUGGUGCUGAACAGGCCUUGGCCAGGCCAGCUAAUAGAUAGGAUUUAUUAUUUGUUGUAUUUUAAAUCUCUAAGUGGCAGCUGUUCAGAGAGCAGGAGAGUGUUUGAUGGGGACUGUCCUGUGGGGUGGGUGGGUAGGCCAUGCCAGCAGAGCUGUGGAACAAACCAGGCCAGCUGGAGCAGAAAGGAGAAAAGCUGCCAGCCCUCCUCUUGGGAGAGGGCAGGCCCCUCUGGGCUCUGGGAGGAGGGCAGAGUGAGCCCAGCUCCAGCCCAUGGCCACUGGCCAGCCUGGCACCAAAGGGCUGGCAUGGCCCUGGCGUAGGCAGUAUGUCUGUCCAGGCCUAGAGCGCUGGUUUAGGCUGAUGCAAGGUGGGAGUUGUUUUCAGGGGGAAUGCGCUCCUAACUGCAGUUUCAUUGACAGAAAAACACCAGACCUAGCUGUGCUAUAACUGAAAGCAGUUGGUCAUUGCCAUUUGUUUCUCCUAGCUUCUGACUUAACAUUUCAGUAGUGCCCAGGCCUGCUACUAUAUCCUGCUCCGUGUUGCGUGGCUGGAGCUUUGGCACUCAACAGUGGUGAGAAAUGGCAGGAGCGCUGGCCACGCUGUCAGCUGGAGUUUAUCGAGUGCUGCAGGUUGUGUUGGCAGGGAGAGCCUAGCUCUGGUCUGGAGUUCAGCCUCAGCCCUUGUAUCUGCUAGGUGGUUAACCAAACAGCAGCCAUGUCUUGUGGUGAAUGUGAUGAAGAGUAAUUAGGAGAAGAGAGGAUGACCCUGCUCCUAUCUUUGGCCCCAGGAGGGAUUGGAGGCAGUGUCUGUAAAGCAUGUGCAUGCUCUGGCUGAACUACACACCAACUCACAUCAUCUUUAUUAACACUGGCACUCAGUUUAAAGCAACAGUGCACACAGACUUGUAAAAAGCUUGCUGCAAAAGCACAAGCCACAUCUUAGAUCUAAAAAUGUCCCAUGCAAGGAAUAGCAGAGUAUGCCCAGGCCCCCGAGAGCCACUGCGGUGUGCCCCUGGGGGCAGAGGGACAGCUACACAAGGAGAGAAUCUCCUCCUUGUCAGCCAGGUUAGUUGAGGAAGCUGAAAGCAGUAUUCUGGCUCCCAGGUUAGUUCUAGUUAGUGGCAGGUGGAGGAGUCCCCUCAUCCCUAGUGCCACGUGUCCAUCCUGCCAUGCCUGGCUGGUGAGGUGGAGGCUGAAGAGCAGGAGGACCUGGCUGUCAGUGGAACUUGUACUUCCUGGCUGGUUUGAUGCUGAUGUAGGUUUUCUUCAUCUCCUCGCUCUCAGGCUUCUUGAUGUCUUUGUACCUCUCCCCCUUUGUACUCACCACCUGGUUAUCAAUAUAGCGGAUCAACUUCUUGGGAGCCUGCAAAGGAAAGACAUUAACACCAAGUGGAUGGACAGCCACACUGCUAGGGAAAGGGAGGGGAUAAGCAGAAGCUGAGCUGUUCUCUGGGGGGUGGCCCCAGGAGGACUGGGGUGGGCUGCUUUACCCAUCCUUUGUGUUUGGAAUCUUGGCCAAAACUGGGAAUGAAGCUGUCUGAUGGGGGGGAGCAGGAGCCAUGCUAGUCAGGAAUGGUAGGAACUGACAGACCCUGCAGCAUCUUAGCUAAGCUAAUCUUCCCUCUUUGCUGAUUACCAGGCUCUGUGAACAGUCCUGCCUUUGGCCUGCCCCACUGCCUUUUGGACUUGCAGCCUGAUUUUUAAACCUUAUAGCCAAAGGACAAACUGCUGGUGAGCUGGGACUGCUGCUCUUACCUCUUUGGGUGGAGCUGGCCGAUGUGUUUUCUGAUCAUCUGCACUAUCCACCAUCAUGUAUCUGAAGCACAAGAAGCAUUUAGUGAACACUGUAACAUGCAUUGCCUGGGGCUGUUCACAGCCUAUGUCCUUUCUCCUCUGGCUGGUUUGUGGCUGUGCAAUGUGUCCUACUUGCCUAGAUUGCAGCUAGGAGCACUUAACAUUCCCCUCUGGAUGAAAUGGGCAAGAAGUGUGUCAUCCUUCUGGUGAGAAUCCAGCAGGAUUCUCCUGGAGUAGCAUCCUUGGCCGUAUGUGAAGGGUACUGAAAACUCAGGCUGUUGAGAAUGCUGAUAGUCCCUGCAGAAUUGAGAGGUGCUGAGGUCUGGUGUGCUCUGCCAUUGGGGCAGCUUGGCUGCCAUCACUUGGGCUGAGAAGGAGCAAAAGGAGACAGAGGUGAGACUGCAGGACCAAGCUGGCUGCUUCUGCCCUGAUGAGAUGGUGGUCCUUUCACACUCCACCUACUACUUGACUACGAAACAGGUCUGUGCUGGAAGCAACUUCAUAAAAGCAUGACCUUAUUCCCUAUGUGACUGAAACAUCAGGGCCCAAGCAUUUUCUUGCUGUACUGCUGAGUUACUACUCUUGAGACUUUGGUGCUGGUUUAGCAGGCAGACAGCACAGCUGACCAUGACUCUCCCUUAGUAGUUAGUAUAGUUGCUCCUGUGUACCUGCAGCUAUGAUGAUCUGCUCUCUGUACCUGUGCUUGAGUGAUGUUUAAAGUACAGGAUGUUGCCAAAAUGUCAUUAAAGUGAAGUUCCCAGAAAUGUAA